CCAAAAUGGAGAAAAAUGACAUAAGCACUCAUGAAUUGAAUGAGACUGAACCGUUAAAAGGAACCACAGAUCAGGAUCAAACUGAGUCCAUAUCUCAGUACAAACUUAGUAUGAGAAGAUGGCCACUGAAUAUAUUCUACUCCACAAGUGUAGUAGGAAGUGCCUUAGGGAUGCUGGGAUUCUCUCCAAUCACUGAUGUUAUGCAAGGCAUUUAUGGCGUCUCUGAUUUUGAAGUUCAGCUUUUAAUGCUGGUGUUCGUCAUAUUUUACAUACCUCUCAUGUUUCCUGCAAAUUAUCUCAUUGAACACAAAGGAAUCAGCAUUCCGAUUAUUCUUGCAACAAUCCUGCUCAUUGCUGGCGCCUGGAUAAGAAUGUUUGCCAAUUACAGCUUUUAUUUUAUACUUGUUGGCCAAAUAUUAAUGGCCAUGGGGCAGCCUUUUGUGGUCACAGCACCUCCAAAAAUAGCAGGGCUCUGGCAUAGUGAUAAUGAGCAAGCUUUAGGCACUACUUUGGGAUCAUUAGCACAACCUAUUGGAGCUGUACUAGGAUUUUUACUACCUUUACCGUUUAUCUCAGACUCUGAUAAAGACUCCCCAGAUGGUAAAUCAAAAAUGUUGUUCUACAUUUUAAUCCAAAGUAUCAUAAUAACUGUAAUUUCUUUUCCAAUUCUACUGAUUGUGAAGGACAAGCCAGAUACUCCUCCUAGUAGAUCUGCUGAAGAGUUUCUUAAAAUUGUUCCUGAGAGCCAGGUUAAAAACUUCUGCAAACUGAUGAAAAACAGAGAUUUCUUGUCUAUCUUAGGAGCAUUCUCUUGCAUUUUCUGUGUAUACAUUACUCUUGGAGCUACAGUUGGUCAGAUCACAAAAGAAUUUGAAUUUGGAGCUCAUGAUAAUAGCUACUUUGGAGCAGUCUUCGCAGUAGCAGGAAUUCUUGGGUCUUUUAUCCAUGCAGUCCCACUAGAUGCUUACCAGAAGUACAAGCUGCAAUUCAUAAUAAUAGGGAUUACAAGCGUUAUGGGAAUAGUUGCAACCACUUUAGGACUCUACUCACAGAUCUUUUGGGUUGCAGCACUCUGAAUGGGUUUCAUGGGAUUUGUCCUCCUUCCUAUCAUCAGUGUUUCUUACGCUUUUGCAGCAGAGGUAUCUUUCCCUGUGAAUGAAGCUCACUCCUGAGGUUUUCUGCAGCUGAUAGGUUCAAUAAUAGCUGUUAUUAUCUCUUUCGUUGUUGGAAUCUUACUUGACAGUGGUUAUAGAUACCCAGCUUUGUACUUCCUGAUAGGUGUUGUAUGAAUCGGAUGCAUUUGCUCAUUCUUCGCAAGAGACAAUCUCAGGAAGACAAUGAGUGGGAGAAGAAACUCUUCUAUAAAAUCAGCCUCGACUAUCAGUCUGAAACAAGGAGCUGGGAAAGAUAUUGAUAAAUUAAUGCUAGCUGCUUUCAAUGCCUAA